UUUAAACAUUUCAUAUCAAAUUUGUAACUACACAGUGAUAAGCGAGUAAGUCAAUGAUUCGGCCUCUAGUUUUGAAAACUGCAAUCAGUUUUGCGAAGAAGAGUGCUUUUCAACGUAAAACGAUGUCGCGAAAUUUACCAAAAACUAUGAAAGCUGUUGGGCUUUAUGAAUACUUACCUAUUUCGGACACUAACAGUCUUCUUGAUUUAGAAGUGAAUAUUCCAGACAUUACGGAUAAUCAGGUACUCGUAGCCGUAAAGGCCACUUCCGUUAAUCCGAUAGACACCAAACAAAGAGCGCCAAAGGCGCAAGUUGAGUCCCAGCCCAGAAUUUUAGGUUGGGACGGCGCCGGUAUUGUAGUAGAUAAAGGUUCGAGAGUUAAAUCGUUCGGAAUAGGCGAUGAGGUUUUCUUUACUGGAAGUUUGAGCACAAAUGGUUCAAAUGCGGAGUUCGUAGCUCUUGAUCAAGUGAGCGUCGGAAGAAAACCUAAAAAUUUCUCUUUCGAAGAGGCAGCUGCUAUGCCCUUAACUACUGUUACAGCAUUUGAAGCCCUUUUUGACCGCAUGCAUCUCUCUGAAGCGAAGGACAAAGGCAAGACAUUGCUGAUCAUAAACAGUGCAGGAGGUGUUGGUUCUAUAGCUUCACAAUUAGCAAAAAAUAUUGGAAUGAAAAUUAUAGGAACAGCGUCCCGCCCUGAAACUAAAAAUUUUACCAGUAUUUAUGGAUCCGAAAUUGUACUUAACCACAAACAUGAUUUGAUUCCACAACUUGAACUUUGUGGCUAUCAAAAUCGAGUUGAUUACAUUUUGAUCAAUUAUGAUCCAUAUCCUUAUUGGGAUACUUUGAUGAAAAUUAUCAAGCCUCAAGGGACUAUUUGCCUAAUUGUGGAUUGUAGUGGAUUAGUUGAUAUUAGGCCACUGAAAGACAAAAGUGUCACUUUAGUUUCAGAGAUGAUGGAAACGAGAGUAAAGUACAACACAGAAGAUAAGUACAGGCGUGCUGAGAUUUUAGAAGAAGUGAGUAAGAUGUUUGAAGAUGGCAGACUGAAACAUACACUGACAAAGGUCAUGAGUCCAAUAAAUGCUGCCAAUUUAAGGGAAGCUCAUAGACUAAUUGAAGAAAAGCAAGUGUAUGGGAAACUAGUCUUAAGUGGUUUCUAAAUUACCUUGUCUAUGAUUACUAAAUGUUGAGUGUAUAACUAUUUUAAUUAGACUGUAUCUAAUAUAAAAUAUUAGUAUGUAAAGGUCCCUUAAAAUUCUUCACAAGAUUUUAUGAAAUUUUUUAUAGUCACAGAUUUUGGGUUUUAAAUCAAAAUAGUCGUGAAUAUUGUGUAAUAAAAGGU